UACAUGUAUUUGAUGUGGUUUGUACAGUAGUGUUGCCGUCUGGAUAACACAGAAGAAAACAAAGAGAUGUCUGACAGCGAUGACAGCGAUUUCUCUGAUAAUCAGAGCGAGAGGAGCAGCGAGGCUGAGGAGGUGGAGGAGAAUGAGGAGGAGGAGGAGGAACAGGGGAGUGUAGCUGGCAGUGACAAGGCUGAGGAGGAGGAGGGAGAAGAUUUGGAGGAUGAGGAGGAAUAUGAUGAAGAGGAGGAAGAGGAUGAUGACCGGCCCAGGAAAAAACCUCGGCAUGGUGGCUUCAUCUUGGAUGAAGCCGAUGUUGAUGAUGAAUAUGAAGAUGAAGAUCCAUGGGAGGACGGUGCUGAAGACAUCUUAGAAAAAGUUAACGGUAAACCAAUUCCAGAUUUCUCUGCUCUUUGUUUUCUUUCUGUCUAAUUAAACUGAUUAAUUCUCAGACCAUUGUUUCACAUUCGGUAAAAUCCAUACCCAUGAUCUGCACCCCUCUAACAUUUGUUUGUGAUGUUUAAAGUUGUUUGGCUAAUGUUUAAUUUGCUUUAAUUUCUUAACAAGGAGCAUGGAUGGCAAAUACAUUUUUAGCAGUACACUUUUUCUUCUUUGCAUCGUUAAAAUACAUUCAGUAAGGUCAAAGUCAAUAAAGCCAAUUAUUUUAAGAUGCACCAUUCAUCGAAAAGGGGACUGUUGAGAGGGGACUGACUGAGUUCUGAAAGGGAACCAAAUAUGGUCAUUUGCCUGAAACUGCUCCUUUGAACAAAAAAACAAAACCCAAUUCCAUAUGUUUGAUAGUAUUCAAGUGUGCUUAUUGUAUUGCAUCAGCUAACAGUGACAUGACAUCAUUAUCAUGUAGUUUCCAUCUUUAAAAUAUAUCACAUUUGCAAGCCUGCCCAUCAUUUGUAAUUUCCCUUUUUAUUUCUGUUUACCUGGUCCUGUCUAUGCCCUUGACUGAAAUUGCUGUGUGCACAUGACUUUGUUUUAUGGCUCAUGUUCCUCCCUUCCUCCCUCAACUCUGGAUUU